GAUAUGGAACUUCGCAGACUGAUAGAGCAAAGAAAACGAUGAGUACUAGCAUUCCAGAAUUCACGCUUCAAAAUGGCAACGCCAUUCCACUUCUUGGAUUUGGUACGGCUGAAUAUCCCAUCGGCAGCUCCUCGGGAACCAUGAAAGAAACUUUCCUCCAUGCAAUCAAACUCGGAUAUCGGCACUUUGAUUCGGCUGCUUUUUACCUGUCCGAGCAGCUCCUCGGGGAAGCCAUACAUGAUGCUCUAAGCCUUGGGUUAAUUAAAUCCAGGGACGAACUCUUCAUCACUUCCAAGCUCUGGUGCAGCGAUGGGCACCACGAUCGUGUCCUCCCUGCAAUACAGAAAACUCUCAGCAAUCUGAAGUUGGAUUACGUUGAUCUGUAUCUGAUUCACUUGCCGGUAAGCUUGAAAACAGAGGAAAUUGAAAUAUCCUUUAAGAAAGAGGACAUCCUUCCGAUGGAUAUAAAGUCUGUAUGGGAAGCUAUGGAGAACUGUCAAAAGCUCGGUUUGGCCAAAUCAAUUGGUGUAAGCAACUUUACCAGGAAAAAGCUUGAAACACUCCUUUCAACGGCAAAGAUCCAUCCAGCCGUCAACCAAGUGGAGAUGAAUCCGUAUUGGCAACAGAAGCAGUUGAGAGACUUUUGUGAGAAAAAGGGUAUACAUAUCACUGCCUACUCUCCCUUGGGAGCCAAAGGAACAAUUUGGGGAACAAACUUGAUAAUGGAAUGUGAGGUUCUAAAAGAGAUUGCCAACGCUAAAGGAAGAACUAUUGCACAGAUUUCAUUAAGAUGGGUAUAUGAGCAAGGGGUUAGUGCUGUUGUGAAAAGCUUCAACAAAGAGAGGAUGAGAGAAAACCUAGACAUAUUUGACUGGAACCUGAGCGCGGAUGAGUUGCAGAAGAUAAGCCGAAUUCCACAGCGCAAAGGAUUUUCUGGAAGUGUAUUCGUCUCUGAUGAAGGCCCUUACAAGUCGAUCUCGGAUUUUUGGGAUGGAGAGAUUUAGCUCCGUUUAGAUGAUAAGAAUAUGUCAGAUUAUUUGAGUUUAUCUAUGAAUAGCAGUAACUUAAGAUCCCUGAGUGAGUUUUGUGAGGGUCGUAAAGAUGUGUUUGUAUAUAUAAAAUAAGUUGAGAUAUGUUUAUCUUAAUAAUCUCAUCUUAGUUGUUGUUGUUGUUGUAGUGAUGGAAUAAUUAUUUAUUUAUAUGUUUUACAAAUAAGUUAUUUCAAAUGAUAAAGUUGUGUGUUUCAAUUUAGAGAA